AUGAUGGAGGCACGAAACCAAAAGCUUGACGGGCUGGGAAUAUGGAUGAAGGCCGGGCCGGUUUUCUCGUUCCCUUUCCUGCGUCCACCAUCCAACUUUCUAGCAGUGUGGCCGGCAAGAAUUCAAAGCGAGACACGGUUCGUCAUGCUUCGUACACAGUCCAAAAAAUGCGUUAGAAGAGCUUUGUCGCGGAUGUAUUCCAUUGAAAGCCCAAUCGCUUCCUCGAGCUCAAGUUUGGCGCACUACGAUGUAUGCGUCAUUGGCGGAGGCCACGCAGGAUGCGAAGCUGCUGCAGGAUCGGCCCGAACGGGUGCGCGGACACUCCUGUUGACCCAAAAAUUGGAGACUGUCGGAGAACUCUCGUGCAAUCCGUCGAUUGGCGGUGUAGGCAAGGGAACGCUAGUCAGAGAAGUGGACGCGUUGGAUGGGUUUAUGGGGAAGGUCGCUGACAAGGCAGGGAUUCAAUUCCAGAUACUCAACAGGUCGAAGGGUGCCGCGGUUUGGGGACCAAGAGCGCAAAUCGAUCGCAGGUUGUACAAGAAGAACAUGCAGGAAUUGCUCUUCAACUACCCAAGUCUGGACGUCCGCGCCAGAAGCGUUUUCGACCUUCUCUUUGAUUCGGAUGAGUUAGGCCGACCUUGGGGCAAGGUGGCUGGCGUAAAACUUGAGAGUGGCGACAUCAUUUCGUGCUCACAAGUGGUAAUUUGCACCGGGACGUUCUUGUCUGGGGAAAUCCACAUGGGGAUGAAGCGCUUUCCAGCAGGUAGACUUGGUGAUGACCCGUCCAUCGGCCUCUCUGGUUCUCUAAAGGCUGCUGGUUUCAAGCUUGGCCGACUGCAAACCGGAACCCCGGCUCGUUUGGAUAAGAACACGAUCGACUUCACUGGGAUGAAAGAGCAAGUCGGGGAUGCCCAACCGACGCCGUUUAGUUAUCUGAGCGACACGGUGGACAACGCAGAUAAUCAAGUUAUGUGCUACCAGACCCAUACAACUACUGAAACGCAUCAAGUGGUCAAGGACAAUAUGCACUUGAGCUGUCAUAUCCAGGAGACGAAACGAGGUCCACGAUACUGUCCGUCUCUAGAAGCCAAGAUCAUCCGCUUUGGACACAAGGCGAAGCAUACCAUCUGGCUUGAGCCUGAGGGCUACGAUUCGGAUGUAAUAUAUCCAAACGGAAUAUCCUGUAGCCUUCCAGAGGACGUCCAAGAACCGAUGAUGCGAACGAUUCCUGGUCUCCAGAAUGUGAAGAUGGUUCGACCAGCAUAUGGUGUUGAGUACGACUAUAUUGACCCUCGAGAGCUCGGUCCAACACUUGAGACGAAUCGUGUCAAGGGUCUCUUCCUUGCAGGUCAGAUAAAUGGAACGACUGGCUACGAAGAAGCCGCAGCCCAAGGCACCAUUGCAGGGAUCAACGCAGGCCUCGCAGCGCUCAAGCGGUCUCCUCUCGUCCUGACGCGUGCAGACGGAUUCACUGGUGUAAUGAUUGACGAUCUUAUCGUAAAAGGGGCUGAGGAGCCUUAUCGAAUGUUCACCUCACGAUCGGAAUAUAGGAUGAGCAUCCGGAGUGAUAAUGCCGAUUUACGACUUACGGAGAAGGGUCGCCUGGUUGGCGCGGUCUCUGACAGCCGCUGGUGGCGAUUUCAGGACACUCGCACUGCCAUAGAAGACACGAAGGAAAUCCUCCGUCAAACAGUAUUCAGCCCUCAAGGAUGGGGUCGGCAUGGUAUCACAGUUCAGAGGGACGGCGUUAUGAGGAGUGCCUUCCAGAUGUUGAGAUAUCCUACUGUGACGACCGAGACGCUACAGGCAAUCGUGCCACAACUUGCUGUUGUCCCUCCGAGCGUGCUGGCGAGAAUCAAUAUCGAUGGUCAAUAUGAUGCGCAUCUAGUACGCCAAGAAGCAGAUCUACGCGCUUUCGCAGAGGACGAAUCCCUCAUCCUCGAUCCUAAACUUGAGUACGACGCCGUUCCGGGGUUGAGCUCUGAGGUGAUUGAGAAACUUUACCUUAUCAAGCCCACUACGAUUGGCGCCGCGAAACGGAUGGAGGGCAUGACACCGACGUCGCUCAUCUCUCUCCUUAAACAUGCGAAGAGGACCUGGGGGCAGUCUCAACUGUCACAAACACAGGAAGGGGUCGGAGGAAGAAGUAUCCUAGUUUAG